ACUUUAACAAAACGUCAAGUCAAUGCCAUUUGUGUCAAAUAUGUAUUGGAGGUUAUAAGUUAUCUGUUGGAAAACACUUGGCCACCGGAAAAUAUUUCUGAGUUCGAUAUGAGUAGUCAAUGCAAAGACGAACCCAUGGAGGAUGAAUCGCCCAUCACUCUUGGGCAGCCUCUGAGCGACUUUUUACUCCAAUUGGAAGAUUACACCCCGACGAUUCCCGAUGCUGUUACCGCCCACUAUAUACGCGCCUCAGGUUUUGAGCCCAAAGAUCCGCGACUGCUCAGGCUAAUUUCAAUUGCGGCUCAGAAGUUCAUAUCGGAUGUAGCAAAUGAUGCCCUGCAACAUUGUAAAAUGAGGACGUCCAACUCGAACACCACACAUGCGAGUAAUUCUAAGACUGCAAAAGGGGUUAAAGAUAAGAAAUACUGUUUGACUAUGGAAGACCUCACUCCAGCCCUGGCGGAAUUUGGAAUCGUUAUCAAAAAGCCCCAUUACUAUGUGUAAGGUGCUCCUUUUGGCGGAGUAGUCACUUUUUUUUCCGCUAAAUUAAUUGUUUGUAAGUAUGUUAACAUUGAUGAAAUUGGGAAGAGAAACACAUUAGAUCUCAAAACAUAUAUAUUUGUAAACUAUGAA